CGACUGGAGACUCUGAGAUUGAGUCGCUGCAGUUUGUCAGAGAUCAGCUGUGAUUCUCUGGGUUCAGCUAUGAAGUCCAACCCGUCACAUCUGAAAUAUCUGAACCUGAGUCAUAACAAGCUGCAGGAUUCAGGAGUGAAGCAUCUGUGUCGUUUUCUGGAGAGUCGUGACUGUCGACUGGGGACUCUGAGAUUGAGUUGGUGCAGUUUGUCAGAGAUCAGCUGUGAUUCUCUGGGUUCAGCUCUGAAGUCCAACCCGUCACAUCUGAAACAUCUGGACCUGAGUGACAACAAGCUGCAGGAUUCAGGAGUGAAGCAUCUGUGUCGUUGUCUGGAGAGUCGUGACUGUCAACUGGAGACUGUGAGAUUGCAUUACUGCAGUUUGUCAGAGAUCAGCUGGUUUUAUCUGAGCGAAGCUCUGAAGUGCAACCCGUCACUUCUGACACAACUGGACCUGAGAGGAAACGUCCGGGAUCGAUAUUCAGUGCGUCUUUGUUACCAGGAGCAGUGUCCAGACUGUCGACCGUUGAUUCUAAGGUGCAUUUGGUGAUGAAUUUGAUGUAGAAGCAGCAGCAGUGUGUGUGUAGAUGUUCUGACUGGUUUAUGUUACUGGGAGCAGAGCUUCAUCCACAAGUAACUGACAGAGGAACCAGAACCAGUGGAAACAACUCUGUGUCAACUGAUCUGAAACCAGCUGCUCUGUGUUCAAUCGACCAGGAUCAUGUGGGAAAAAAAGUGUGUAGUGCAGUAGUUACAGUGGAUAUCGAGAACAAUGACAUGUAGUAUUUGAAUACAACUUGGAUAUUUCUGCUUUUUAACAUCCUUCAUUUAGGACCAAGGAUAAAAAGCCAUUGUUUCAUAUAAUGAACUAAUUUCCAAACCAAUCUGGCAGAAUCCAGAAUGUGGGGUCUCGUUCUGGGUGGACUCUUCCAAUCAUUGGUUCUGUUUCCUCGUCCCCUUCCUCGUUUGUGCUGUGAAUAUCAUAGAUGGAUUGUGGGAAGUUGAGGCCCAGUUUCUGGUCAUGUAGUGUCACUGCUGCCUGUCGCCACCAGAGGGCGCCAUAUGCACAACUCUGUCCACAAUCCAGAAUGCAAUAAACUUAUUUUAUUUC